AUGUCGCAGAGGAUGGAACUGCCCCCGCUGUGUUUGACACCCGCUCCUGAGUUGCUUGGAGAGGUUCUCAGAGAGAACUAUGCACCGUUUCCUUACAUGGCUUCUAUUAGCAAAAUGAAGAGGCUCCCUUCUGGGCACUACCUGUGCAUGGAAAAUUUUGAAGAUGUUCUGGAGAGAAGACAGGCUGCUAAUGCCAAGGAAAGAGAGCGGGUAAGAAAGUUAUUUUUUUAUGCCCUGAUGAUCAGGAGUAGCAAUCGCUGUAACUUUCUGCUGUUAAACUACAAAUACCAUGAUGUGUGACCAUGCUAUAGCUUUAGCUACCACUGACCAGGAAUGAUAAUAGUUGUUUUAAAGCUGGCUUCCCCAAACUACAUGUUGCUGAACUACAACUCCCAUGAUUCUCAGCCUAUUUCAUUCAUAGAAUCAUGGGAGUUGUAGUUCAGCAACAUCUGGAGGGCUGGGGUUUGGGGAAGCCUGUUUUAAAGUAUAUGGAGAGCUGCUUGAUUAGCUGUAUUUGGAAGUAUCCUUCCAUCAGGUACAAUAAAUAGUGGGUUUGAAUAAAAUAAAAUAAAUAAAAACACCUUUAUUGUCCAGUGUAACGUUAUUGACUUUGGUGCUCACUGUUAGUGUGCUAAGGUACUGCCUAAGCACAACGCAAGAAACGAUUAGUAUGUUCGGACUAUUUUGCAUAGAGUAUGGUUUUCUACCAUUUGGGAACGAUCAUGGAGUGCAGCUUCUCCAGGCAGGUUCCACCAGACCAGGAAGUGGCUGAAACAUUUUGUAUAGUUUACCAGGUGGUCAUUGUGCAAAUCCCAUAGUGUGUGUUACUUUAACAAAAAUGGCACUGCUGUGAACCUGUGAAUUUUAUGUAUGGGCUUAAAGGGACGCUCCAGGCACCAAAACAUUGUCAUCUAAAUAAAGUUAUGUUGCCAGGAGGCACUGUUCCCUGAGGAGGUUAAACUGUUCUCAGACAGUUUAGCCCCAAAGUUGCCUACAGCCACGAAAAUAAGGACGAUGGAUGCCGCUGGGGGGUGAGUGGACAUCUGCACUGGAGGCAACUUUGGGGUUAAACUGUUCGAGUACAUUGAUGUGCCUUAUAGGUUUGUUCUCAAAGUUACAUGGCCAAACUCCAAAUAUAUUAGGUACAAGUGUGGCGCUUAUAAUAAAGUACAAGGUAUAUGAAGGUGUAAAUAGGUGUAUCCCCAACACCUUAGUAAUAAAAUAAAAAACAACAUUGUGCCAAAUACAGAGUAGAAGUGCACCCUCCAAAAGAAAUACAAGGAUAUAAUCAAAUGGUUAAUACUUAUAUAUGUACACAACACAGAUGGCAGGUGAAUAUCAGUAGUGCCUAAAAAAGAUAUUAUAAUACAUAGUGUGUACUGUAGGAUAAAAGUGAGUAAUCAUAUAAUAAAUGGUCACACUCACAAAUCCCAGAACCGUAUCCGGCUCUGUAUAGUAAGCCCAAUGGUGCCUGUACAGGCUAGCGUUGAAUACCCAUGGACCACUGUAGCAGAUGGAUCACAAAAGUAAGAAUAGCAGCAGUAAUAAAUAAAAUAAAAAAAAUGCAGAGAUUUAUUAUAGUGAUAAAACACUAAGAGGUUAAAAUGCAAACAAAGGCAUAAAUCCUUCUGGAUAAAAUGAGAGAACAGACGUGUUUCAACAGUCUAGUCUUUGUCAAUGUCUCUAAAAGUUCCCGUGUAUUGUGCUGCAUAAGUAUCCUAUUCAAUAUGACGAUUACCUUCACCCAUAAGGGCUCCAAUUAGCGUGUGUGAUGUCAUUUCCGGUCCACGAGGUGAGAUGUGGAUGUCACAUCCCAUUCGUGGGGUACGGCGGCCAUAUUUGUUAAGGGCUAUAUGCCCUAAAAAGUCUUGAUAUCAAUAUACAUAUAGACAAACUAUUUACACAAUAAAUAAUAAACAAAUGUGUAUUAUACAAAUGAAAUAUAAUCAUGUAUAAUCUCUUAGAAGAAAAAAAUAUAUAGUAAAAAUGAGCAAAUGUAUACUGCUGUAAUUUAAAGGGACAUAGUCCUCACCUACCAAAUAAAAGCACAACUAGUGCAAAUAUAAGACCCUAAAUGUCAAAAUAGGUACAAUCAGGCAAAGGAGGGAGAGAGGAGCUAAAAGCAAAACAAGUAGGAUACCCCCCCCCCCACAACUUUUUAGUCUUUUUUUUUUUAGUUUUUUUUUUGUAUAUACAGUUUGGGGUAUCCUACUUGUUUUGCAUUUAGCUCCUCUCCCUCCUUUUUGUCUACACAAUCAGAGCUAUGGCGCUGUCUCAUUGUGUUACCCACAGAAUAGAAUGCCAGCAGAUUUAUCAUAAUUAAUUACUUAAUUAAGGCAAUUAAAAUGCCAUUAAAAAGGCAAAAAUUCUGUAGGUUUUCAUGAUUUUAAGCAAUGUGUGACCACUCUGCACAGCAGCCAAAUUGUGUGUAGGUAAUUUUAAUUUUUUUUGUAGACUGUGUACCAUCCUAGCAAAAUAAGGUUCAACUGCAACACCUUCUCUAAAUAUGUAGGUUUCUUAUGUUUUUAAGAAAUACUAAAAAUAUUUGGUACAUUCUCAGCACUGACUCUAUUUUUUUUUAAAUAGACACACUAAGUACCAAACCACUUCAUCUUAAUUAAGUGAUUCUGGCGCAUAGAUGAGGCCUGUGCAAUUUUUGAGAAACUGUAUUGUUUACAUUUUGACCUACCCAUGCCAAAUAGUGGCUGUAGCAGCUUUUAACACAAGUAGGUAUAAUUAUUGCAUCUAUUUGACAACCAACAUCAGAAUGAUGGUGUGUGCUUUAAAUUCUUCUCUGGUUUAAGUAUUGAAUUGGCAGAUCACGGGGGUUGCCACAAAUACACAUGUCUCAGUAGAAGUACUAUACCAGGUAGACUAACAGCUCAUCUAUUUUAACGUUGUCCCCUAAAAAGUAUUUUUAUUAAAAUGAAUUAUAACAAAAACUAGACAUGUCCAUGGUGGCACUUAAGGCAAUGGGAAUCGAGUCACUGACUGUUAUAACACAGGCUGAGGAUCACAUCAGUAAUAUUGGAUCUCAAUAUAGCAAUAUUAUUGAUAUAUGUCAGUGUGAUGUUAUGAGCCCCACGUGUGGAUUAGAGUGCCUUAUUCAGCUUCUAAUCUUUCUACAGUCGUAUUAGUUCUCAUAGCCCCAGGCCGUCAUGUUGCUCACUAGAUGAUUGGCAGGUUUAAUUGUUCUACAAGUUGACAAAUUGUUCACUCGUUUAUUAUUUUCUCACUUUGUCUUCCCCCACCCACAGUACUUACUCUUAUUGUGUUCCACUUCAUAAACUAUGUACCUGACUACCCAAAGCACAGGAUAAAACUGAAAUGUCUAGCACUCAUUGUUUUAAAAAAGUAAUUCCCUUAUUUGCAACACAGGUUUAAAACAGUGUAAAAUUAAAUUAUAUAUACUUAGAUCUCAUAUAUAUUAUCAAAAUACACGUAAUUAUCAAAAUACACGUAGCAUGAUAUAGUGUGUGUGUGUGUGUGUGUGUGUGUGUGUGUGUGUGUAUAUAUAUAUAUAUAUAUAUAUAUCUGUAAAUAUGAUUAAAAAAAAUAAUAAAUAUGUGUAAAUUCGUUCUAACUAUUUUAAAAUUAAAAUAUAUAUUGAUAUCAAAAUUCAUGUAGAACGAAAUAAUAUAUAUACCUAUAUAUGAAUAAAUAUACAUUUAAUUUGCUAGCACUAUAUUUAACUCUGUAACUUUCCAAGACACCAUAAAACCUGUACAUGGGGGGUACGGUUUAACUCUGAAGACUUUGCUGAACACAAAUAUUAGUGUUUCAAAACAGUAAAAUGUAUUACAACGAUGAUAUCGUCAGUGAAAGUUAAUUUUUUUUUGCAUUUUUCACACACAAAUGUCACUUACACGGACAAUAUAAUUGUUGUGAUACGUUUUACUGUUUUGAAACACUAAUAUUUGUGUUCAGCGAAGUCUCCUGAGUAUUACAGUACCCCUCACGUACAGGUUUUAUGGUGUUUUCAAAGGUUACAGAGUCAAAUAUAAGGCUUCCGUUUCAGUUUUUUCACAUUGAAAUUCACCAGAUUGGUUAUGUUGCCUUUGAGACCGUAUGGUAGCCCAGGAAUGAAAAUUACCCCCAUGAUGGCGUACCAUUUGCAAUAGUAGACAACCCAAGGUAUUGCAAAUGGGGUAUGUCCAGUUUUUUUUAGAAGUCACUAACUUCGGCCAGUGUUUGUGACCAAGUGGCUACUGAAAAAGACUGGACAUACACCAUUUGCAAUACCUUGGGUUGUCUACUGGGUUACCAUACGGUCUCAAAGGCAACAUAACCAAUCUGGCGAAUUUAAAUUUGAAAAAACUAAAAAAUGUAACAUGCUAUAUUUAACCCUGUAAAUUCCCAAAACACCAUAAAACCUGUACAUAGGGGGUACUGUUUUACACGUGAGACAUCACUGAAUACAAAUAGGUGUAUUUUAUUGCAGUAAAAGCAAACAGUAUUAUGACAUUCACAGUUAGAAUGUCAUGCAGAACUAAAAAAAAAUUUUUAAUUCUUAUUUUCUCCCUUUUUUAAAUUUUUUUUAAAAUUUUUUUUUUUUAUUUUAUUCAUAUUAAAUUGUUUCAUACCUAAAUAUUUGAUGUUAAAUGAAAGCCCCUUUUCCCCUGAAUAAAAUGAUAUACAAUAAGUGUGGGUGCACAUAAUAUGAAAGAGGCGAAAUACGCCUGAACCGACAUAUAGCGCAAAUUCAAGUUUUUGUUUACGUUUUGUUUUGAUCACAAUGUGUACAUUUGGCUCAGUCCUUAAAGGGUUAAAUCCACCUCUUAGUGCUGUCUUCCAUGCCUUUAAGUUUAAAAUGUUAGCCAACAACCUCUUAAUCCAGUUCAGACAGAGCAGAGCAGGGGGAAACAUUGCAAAUGAAGACUUUUUGGGUUUCUACAUUUUAAUUUUUACACCUCCAUGAAUACAUGAAUGUAUACAAGAUGGACAAUCUGAACACCAUAACCACUAUAUCAUAUUGUAAUGGGCUCAGAUAGUCUAUGAACACCAACCUCCAUGCUUUUGUCAGUUGUCACAUGUUUUGACAAAAAAAUCGGGACUCUUUCUGCACAAAUAUAAACAAAUACCACGUGGCCUUCACAUGGUCCUUAUUCUUUUUGUCCUUCAUAUUGCUAGUUUAUGUGGUUACUCUAUGCACAUGUGUUUCUGUGUUAAUGGCGGCAUGUCCACUGUGUAAUAACUUUAAUGUUUAAUGGUUUGUAGAUUAGAAAUAUAAACAGCGGGUUUUCAAAGCUUAAAAGCAUUGUGCCACUAAUUCCCAAGGACAGGAAGCCGAGCAAAGUGGACACAUUGAAAGCUGCUACUGAAUAUAUCCGACUUUUACACGACAUCUUAGAAGAGACAGGAGGGUUUGAGGUAACCUUUAUUUCCCACAUUUUAAAUGACAUUUUCUUUUAUUAUAUGACCAUCUAAACUAUUAAAUAAUUCCACUAUUCAUAAAAUAUUUUGCAGGAGGGAUGCCAAAGCAAAAUAAGCUAAUUUAAAAAUAGAUCAAUACCCAUUGCUAUGUUUUUAUAGCUCAAGAACGUGCUAAAUCCAGGCAAUUGCCAUCUCCAAGCUGUGCUACAAGGGCCAUUGGCCUUUAUUUACUGAGCUGGAAAUUGCAAAUUUUAGACCAAACUAGCCCAACUAAAAUAAAAUUUUGUACUUGGCAAUUUCUUCAGCUCUGCUCUCAAUUCUCAUUUAAGGUCUCCGUAAUUGUGUUGGGUAAAUAAACACACAAUUCUGAGAUUUUCAUGAUCAGUGAUAUCUUUCUUUUACCCACAUAGUAUUGCCGAGCAAGCUGUAUUAAUUAAUUUAAUUUCGAACAACAGUGGGUCUGAUAGUUUGGGAGAUUUACCCAUAAUUUUAAAGAUGAAAAUACUUGUUUUAGAAAGUCUUUAAAUUCAUAUUCUAAAAAAAGUAGUAAUCUUUUUUUAAAUUUUUUUUUAAAAUCUUUAUUUUUGUAUGACACGUGAAAAGACAGUAAUGGUACAGCAUAAUACGUUCAACAUAGUACCAGGAACAAGGUAAACUUUUGCCAAUAAAAUAGCUUGUUAUAAAAGGAUCAAACUUGUAAAUUAAAAAAAAAAAAAAGCCACCGAUGUAUCUGAACCUAUAGGCAGGAAUAAAAAGUAAUGUAUUUUCACAUACAUUAUACACUGACACAUAUAUAUUCUACACUUCCAUUGUGCAGUUCUGAUGCUCACAUCUCCAUUGAAGGCACUUUUGGCAGUAAACCCCUGGGUCAUCGUGAGCACUGUGACGGUCUAAGGCUAUGCAGCCCAAUACUUGGCAAACUGUGAUGCACUGUGGGUUCUGACACUUUCCUAUUAUGUCCGCAUUAAAUGAGCACUACAGGGUCAGGAAUACAUGUUUGUGUUAAAACCAUCAUUUAGGUGGCUUGCCUCUCCCUUAAAAAGUAAUAAAACUUGCCUUUAAGCUGUAGUUAUUCUGUUUACUAUAGUGUCCCUUUAAGCUUUUCAGCAGUUUAAGCUACAGUAACUCUUCAGUGUUGUAACGGAUCACCUGGCACCCAGACUGGGUACCUCCGUUAAAGGAUGCUCCUAGCACUUCCUGAGGACUCCAAGCACUGCAGCAGACACCAAAACCACCGAACCGUAGGAGCAUGUGAAUGCUCUCAAGCAUAUGAAUGUUGUAUACAGCCGAAUAGGAAAAAACAUGCGAAUAGGUUUACAUUCCUAGCAGUCAAACUGCAUACAAUAAAUCCUCCCUCAAUAAUGAGACGACACUUCACUUUGAGGGUUAAGCAGGAACUGACUGGACUGGCACAUACAGCCUCUUUUAUUCACAAUCCACAAACUUAGUACUGCCCACAGGGUUUUACAGAACAACCAAUAACACACGUACAUUACAGAAAGACACUCCCACACAAAAUCCUCCCCUCUGCCUGUGAUACAAUUACCUUACACAAUGGGUAAUCUAAUUAUCACAGACAGAGAAAUACAGUUUCAUAAAACACAUCACAGGGACCCCAAAACAUGCAAUAACCCCAUAAAAACCGGGGGAUCUGGGUGAACCACAUAUCCAAAAUUCACCCAGAUCCGUUCAGUACUUUGGAAGAUACAGUUUAAUGCAGAUUCUGCAGAACAUAUACAGGCUAAAUGAAAAACAAUUACUGUAUAAUGUGUCCCCUGUUGUAUAGUCCAAAACCACUGCACGAUGUCUCUGUGCACCAAAUACCGGCGAGAUGGCACCGUGUUGAAAAGUCCAAACAGUGUCUGUGAGUUAAAAUGGCCGCCAUCCAUUGUUCUUACCAUGUGCUUCAUUGUCAGGAUACUGACAGGGAUCCAAUACGCAGAGUGCGGACAGAAGGAGGUACGUAUACCGGACCUUAGAAUGGCCGGACUAACGUAGGGACAAAGCAAGAAUAGUCAAAAGGUAAGCCGAGGUCGAGGGAGCCGGAGGACAGGUAAGCGAGAUACAAGCAGAGUCAAAGGAGAGGAGAGGACAACAGGACAAAAGACAAGCAAGGGUCAAAACCGGAAACACAAGAUAAAGAACGCGCUGAGUGACUAGCAAGCUAGAACCACGACAGGGCAAUGAGCAGUAGAAAAGGUUUCCUUUAAAUACCCUGUUACCUAAAUAGAGACCACGCCCCCAAAAGGUCCGGAAUAGCGGUUCCCGGCACUUCAUGUAAAUGCCGACGUCAUGACGUCGACGCUAGCCGUCGCGUCAUAAAAGGGGGAGGAGCUAGCGCGGCCGGCGCGAAAACGGCCGGAAUAUGCCGAAAUGCUAGGGCAGGGAGCCCCUAAACAGAGAGGAUGUCUUCCCUGGAUUCAGCACCAACAGGUACCCUGACAGUACCCCCCCUUCUAGAAACGCCCACCGGGCGGAUGGGACCGGGCUUAGAAGGAAAACGAACGUGGAAGGCCCGAAGAAGACGAGGAGCAUGCACGUCUAUACCAGGAACCCAAGACCUCUCUUCUGGACCAUAACCUUUCCAGUCUAUGAGGUAUUGCAGCUUCCCCCUAGAAAUACGAGAAUCAAGGAUGGACUUGAUGAUAUAUUCCUCCUGACCAUCCACACGGACCGAGGAUGGAGGAGCAGAGCGGGAGGAAAAUCUGUUACAAACAAGAGGUUUCAAUAAAGACACAUGAAAAGAGUUAGGGAUGCGUAGAGUAGGAGGUAGAUCCAGCAAAUAAGAAACCGGGUUGAUCCUCCUCAGCACCCUGUAAGGACCAAUGUAACGAGGAGCAAACUUCAAGGAAGGAACUUUCAGGCGAAUGUGUCUGGUACACAACCAGACCCUAUCACCCGGAGAAAAAAUAGGAGCAGGCCGCCUACGCCUAUCAGCAUGUGACUUAAACACCGCGGAACUACGUUCAAGAAUUUGUCGAGUCUGAUCCCACAACUUUCUCAGGUUGGCUAUAUGAAUAUCAACCGACGGUAUACCCUGGGAAGGAGACACCGACGGAAGAACAGUAGGGUUAAAGCCAUAGUUCAAGAAAAAGGGGCUAUUACGAGUGGAACCACAAACAAGGUUGUUGUGAGCAAACUCCGGCCAAGGAAUCAGUCCGACCCAGUCAUCCUGGUGUUCAGAAACAAAACAACGUAGAUAUUGCUCAAUUUUUUGGUUAGUGCGUUCGGCUGCUCCGUUAGAUUGAGGAUGAUAGGCCGAAGAAAAAUUCAGUUUGAUGCCCAACUGGGAACAGAAGGAUCUCCAAAAACGGGAAAUAAAUUGGGAACCCCUGUCUGACACAAUCUCAUUGGGAAUAUCAUGUAAACGGAAAAUUUCUCUAGCAAAUAUCACGGCCAGUUCAGGAGAGGACGGAAGUUUAGGUAAGGGAAUGAAAUGAGCCAUUUUAGUAAACCUGUCAAGGACCGUGAGGAUAACCGUAUGUCUACUGGAAGCAGGUAGAUCAACAAUAAAAUCCAUAGCCAAACAAGCCCAAGGUUUGUUGGGAACGACUAAGGGCUGCAAUAAACCACAAGGGAGAUCCCGCGGAAGUUUAUUCCUGACACAAACAUUGCAAGCCUUGACAAAGUCUUCCACAUCCCUACGUAAACCGGGCCACCAGAAGUCUUUGGAGAUCAGGCAGUAAGUUUUGUGGAUGCCGGGGUGACCAGCGAACUUGCUAUCGUGAAAACAGCGAAUAAUGUCCACUUGGAAUUUGGGAGACACGAACAAGCGGCCCACAGGAGUACGUUCGGGAGCAAGAGAUUGUUCGUUCAUAAUAUCAGCGAGCAAUGGAGAGUGUAUUUUGACAUUGGUGUUGGCGAUAAUAUUGACUUCAGGAAUAAUAGGGAACAAAGUGUCCUCUGUAGAGGUGAUAGGUUCGUGCUGACGUGACAAAGCGUCUGCCUUAGUGUUCUUAGAACCAGGCCUGUAAGUAAGCAUAUAAUUAAAGUGUGUAAGGAACAUAGACCAACGUGCUUGCCUGGCAGAUAAUCUUUUGGCCUCCCCCAUAUAGGAUAAAUUUUUGUGAUCAGUCAAGAUAGUAACUGGGAGAACAGUGCCCUCUAACAGAUGUCUCCAUUCCUUUAAUGCCAUAAUAAUAGCUAAGAGUUCUCUGUCACCAAUAUCAUAUCUCCUUUCAGUGUGAGAUAAUUUCUUGGAAAAAAAAACGCAAGGGUGCAGCGGCUUAUCUAAACCUUGUCUUUGGGACAAUACUGCGCCUAUCCCUGUUUCAGACGCAUCAACUUCAAGCAAAAAGGGCAGAGAAGUAUCAGGGUGAACUAAUACAGGUGCUGAGGCAAAAGUCUGUUUGAGCGUUUCGAAAGCAGAUAAUGCCUCAGUAGACCAUGUUUUGGUAUCGGCUCCUUGUUUAGUCAUAUUAGUGAUAGGAGCGAUAACAGAGGAGUACCCUUUAAUGAAACGCCUAUAAUAAUUAGAAAAUCCAAGAAAUCUUUGUAUGGCUUUGAGUCCCUUAGGUAAAGGCCAAUCUAAAAUCGAUUUUAGUUUGAUCGGGUCCAUCAUAAACCCGUCUUUGGAAAUUACGUACCCUAAAAAAGUUACCUGAGACUGAUCAAAGCUACAUUUUUCCAAUUUACAAUACAAUCCAUGUUGUAAAAGUUUCUGUAAUACCUUUCUGACCUGUCUGUGAUGUGAGUCAAUGUCCCUAGAAUGUAUUAGUAUAUCAUCGAAAUAUACAAUCACAAAUUUGUGAUGAAAUUCUCUAAGGACCUCAAUAAUCAAGUCUUGGAAGACGGCCGGGGCAUUGCAUAGCCCAAACGGCAUUACGGUAUACUCAUAAUGUCCGUAACGGGUAUUAAAUGCUGUCAUCCAUUCAUCUCCUUGUUUAAUUCUCACCAAGUUAUAUGCUCCUCUCAAGUCAAGUUUGGUAAAAAUACUCAAGCCCUUUAGUCUGUCAAAGAGUUCAGUAAGCAAAGGAAUGGGGUAAGCAUUCCUGAUCGUAAUUUUGUUCAAUCCCCGAUAGUCUAUGCAAGGACGUAAGGUACCGUCUUUCUUUUCUACAAAAAAGAAACCCGCCCCCGCCGGAGAAGAAGAUUUUCUAAUAAAUCCUUUGUCUAGAUUCUCCUUGAUGUAGUCCUCUAAAACUAAAUUUUCUUUGGUGGACAGAGGGUAUACCGUACCCCUAGGAGGCAUAGUACCAGGGAAAAGUUUAAUAGAACAGUCAUAAGACCGGUGGGGGGGUAAAGUAUCCGCCUUACUCUUGUCAAAUACAGACUUGAGAUCUAGAUAUUGUAAUGGUAUCUGAACGUCUGUGGAUUGGGAAGAGUUGGUAUAAGAGUUUAUGGGGCAAACAGGAGUGACUCUCUGCAGACAUUUUUCUCUACAACCAAUUCCCCAAGAAACGAUUUCUCCACCCUCCCAGUCAAUCUGAGGGUUGUGUCUCUUGAGCCAAGAGUAUCCUAGCACCACUGGGACUGCCGGGGAGGAAAUUAACAGGAGGGAAAUUAUCUCCUCAUGGAGGAUACCAACAGUAAGUUUAAUGGGUUUAGUCUCAUGGAAUAUUACUGGUUCAGAUAAAGGUCUACCAUCUAUGGCCUCAACGGCCAAGGGUGUAUCUCUCAGUUGGAAAGGAAGACAAUGUUUAUUAGCGUAAGUUUGGUCUAUAAAGCUUUCUGCCGCUCCAGAAUCUAACAACGCCAUCGUAGAUAUAAUACCACUUUUCCAAGCUAGAGAGACAGGAAUCAUAAGCCUAUGGUCUUUAUUAUUAUGCAUAGAGGACAGUAACGAAACACCCAAGGCCCGUCCUCUAGGGGAACUUAGGUGCGAGCGUUUCCCCGGCGAUUAGGGCAACUAAGACGUAGGUGACCUCUCCGCCCGCAGUAUAAACAGAGACCCUCCCUUCUUCUGUACUGUCUCUCGGCCUCAGAUAAGUGAGUAUUACCUAUUUGCAUAGGUUCUGGUGGAGUAGGAUUAUAGGAGUCAGGGUUCUGGAAUGAGGGAGCGAGUCUUACAGGAGGUCUACUAACUCUUUCCCGAGUAUUCUGCCUCUGUCUCAUGCGUUCAUCUACUCUGGAAAUGAAAGACACUAAAUCUUCUAAAUUUUCCGGGAGUUCUCUUGUGGCAAUUUCAUGUAGAAUCUCAUCAGACAACCCAUUCAAGAAUACAUCCAUAAAAGCUUGUUCGUUCCAUUUCACCUCUGCUGCCAAUGAUCUAAACUCUAAUGCAUAUUCUACAAGGGUUCUGUUCUGUUGUUUAAGGCGUAACAGAGAUCUGGCAGCAUUAAUCUUCCUUCCUGGAGGGUCAAAAGUCCUUCUAAACGCUGUGACAAAAGCAGUAUAGUUAUAGACUAAAGGAUUGUCAUUCUCCCAAAGGGGAUUGGCCCAUCUAAGUGCUUUGUCUAUUAGCAGUGUAAUAAUGAAGCCUACUUUAGCCCUGUCCGUAGGGUAAGCCCGGGGUUGAAGUUCGAAAUGUAUGCUUAUCUGGUUUAAAAAACCUCGACAAGCAUCAGGCGAACCCCCAUAACGUAACGGGGAAGUGACAUGGGAAGAUGCGCCUACAGUGGCUACUUCCAAACCAGUACUUAGCGGGUGGCUAGCAGUGGAACGUAUUUCUUCUGACUGGGUGCUGGGGCGUGCUAGCAAAGUUUGUAACGCUAGAGCCAUUUGGUCCAUUCUAUGGUCCAUGGCCUCAAAUCUGGGGUCAGGAGGACUAGCACCUGCAGGAUCCAUAUGGCCCUGUCGUAAUGUCAGGAUAGUGACAGGGAUCCAAUACGCAGAGUGCGGACAGGAGGAGGUACGUAUACCGGACCUUAGAAUGGCCGGACUAACGUAUGGACAAAACAAGAAUAGUCAAAAGGUAAGCCGAGGUCGAGGGAGCCGGAGGACAGGUAAGCGAGAUACAAGCCGAGUCAAAGGAGAGGAGAGGACAACAGGACAAAAGACAAGCAAGGGUCAAAACCGGAAACACAAGAUAAAGAACGCGCUGAGUGACUAGCAAGCUAGAACCACGACAGGGCAAUGAGCAGUAGAAAAGGUUUCCUUUAAAUACCCUGUUACCUAAAUAGAGACCACGCCCCCAAAAGGUCCGGAAUAGCGGUUCCCGGCACUUCAUGUAAAUGCCGACGUUAUGACGUCGACGCUAGCCGUCGCGUCAUAAAAGGGGGAGGAGCUAGCGCGGCCGGCGCGAAAACGGCCGGAAUAUGCCGAAAUGCUAGGAGCAGGGAGCCCCUAAACAGAGAGGAUGUCUUCCCUGGAUUCAGCACCAACAGGUACCCUGACAUUCAUCCAUUGUUCUCGCCAUGUGCCUCUGAUACAGGAAAUGGUGGCCACCCAGUAACUCCACAGUAUGUCCCCAGAUGGUUCUUAAAGGGUCAGCAGCAGCAAAACACAAAUCCCUUAUGCCCAAAUCAUGUCUUUAAAGGGCAAUGCAUCCCAGGGGCCAUAGUCACAUGGCAGGAGGCUGGCAAUCAGUCUUCUCCAAUGCCCAGUGGCAAGGUCGGUUUCGCCACAAGUGUAAUCGGACCAGGCAGGCUAGCCUUCACUUUCCAGAUGCAUCAAUGAGCCAUGGACGCCAAUGACCCUGACGCCAGUUCACCAGCUUCACACAGCCAUGUGGUGUAUAUAUACAAGUGGCAAAAUAAAAUGUGUUAAAUCCCUUGAGUACAAGUUUGUAUCUAGGGUUAAAAAAUAAAAAUUUACUUUCACAAUGGAUUGAUAUUCCCACAUGUAGUAGUACUUGACUUUGAACAAUUCAGCUUCCCAGGUGGUUUUUCCUAGUUUACCACCAUUCUUAAACGGCAACUUAUACAGGGUAUUGGGGAUUCGGCUAAUCUUCUAUGAAAAGGAUAAAAGCACCACAUGUUGAAGCACAUUUACAUACAAUGCAAUAUACGCUAUAAGGUUGCACUCGCAGAAUAUAAAGAAAUGUGGCGUCUUGGGGUGCCUCCCCUGACGUAGGCUGGGGGCUAACACCUACUUUGCCUCCUUCAAUCAGAACCAUAGUCAACAGGCAUUAAAUCAAUGGAACAGUAUCCACUUGAUUUUAAUAUUUUAACACAAAAAUGAAAUAGAUUAAAAAAAAUUAAAGGAACACUAUAGGGUCAGGAACACAAACAUGUACUCCUGACCCAAUAGUGCAAAACCCACCAUUAAGGUGGCUCUUCCUGCCCCCUAAAAAGGAAUAAAACUCACAUUAUUUCCAGCGCCGUGCGGGUCCGCCGGAGCUGGACCCACCCCCUUGGUGACAUAAUCAGAAUUGCCGCUUUUAAGCCAAUCCAAUGCUUACCCAUUGGGAAAGCAUUGGAUUGGCUAAAAUCGGCAAGGGGGCAGGGCCAAACGCCAUUUUGGCCAAUGAGCACCUCCUCAUAGAGAUGCAUUGAAUCAAUGCUUCUCUAUGAGGAAAAUUCAGCGUCCCCACGCAGAGAAUGGAGAUGCUGAACGGAAGAGCUGCCUGCUGUGCAGCACUGAGUCGGGAAGCACCUCCAGUGGCCAUCUGAGUGGCCGCCACUUGGAGGUGUCCCUAGGGGCAAUGUAAACAUUGCCUUUUUUCUGAAAAGGCAGUUUUUGCAUGAAAAUGCUUGAAGGCAAUGAUUAUACUCACCAGAACUACUACAUUAAGCUGUAGUUGUUCUGGUGACUAUAGUGUCCCUUUUAAACAAUAUCACCAAAACUAACUGUUAAAAAAAAAAAAAAUAGUUUACUGUGAUUCCUCCACAAAUGUGGACUUCCUCAGAAACAAAUUAAAAAUAUUAAUCCCUACAGAAGCUGCAUGGAUUAAUAUUUUAAAAAUAAAAUUUUGAAAUCAAGUGGAUACUGUUCACUAAUAUCCUGUAUAUUGUGUUGUAUCUAGGGUAAGCCAUAUAGCAAAAGGCACAUUAGCUAUUAAUGUAACCAUCUUAAUACAAUAGAUAAAUUACAGGCCACAUAUCCUCAGAAAAGGUUUGUACGUUGUAAGGGACUGUCUUCAGAGGAGCCAUAGUUCAGCCAUUAUACAUUGCUUGACUGGCUGAAAUGAAAUGUUUUAUAUGUGGUGACAUGUGGAAACUGCCUGUUUGAACACUAGAGAGCGCAUAGUCCAAGUAAUACAUAGUCAUCAGGAACUAAUUUUUUUUCUUUUUUACAUUACAAAGUGUUUUGGAAUAUUAAUUUGUUCUUAUUUGCCAUUGCAUUUUGUGUUUGGUCGAUAAAGUAUGUUAUAUGAAAAAAAUACAUCAUAUUCGGAUAUGUUCUGUUCACUUUUUUGCUGCUUUUAUUUCCAGAAAGUGGAAAAUGUCCCUGAUGUAGACACUCCUGAAAUAUACAAUGGCCAAAUCUCCAUGGUGCCAGAAUUUAUGGGGUCUGUACCUACUGAAUUUCACCUCAGGCCUGUGGGAAACAUGCAGGGCAACAUCCCAUUCAUGCUUAAACCUGAAGAGCCUGUCUGUUUAUGGAGGUCAGGUGGCGUGCUCCCUGGUUACCUAGGCAUCAUACAGAUCCACAAAGCAGGCCGAUUGGUAAUGUCAUUCACCAAUGUCACGUGCACAUGUUAAUGUUCAGAACUGUGGAGUUUGUAGUUUAUAUACUCCUCUCUUUAACAGGUGCUUAACAACAAUCACUCAAUGUGACCUGUCUGCUUUCCGUUCUGUUGGUGAGUGUUUAAUGCACUGUAAAGUUUGCCCUCCUGACACUGUUGUUUUCAAAAUUGGGUUUGAACAAUUUUGUGUAUAAUUUGUUGCAAAAUAAAUUGUAUCCUUGUUUAUUUACCAAACCGUGGCCUCUAUUAGACAUUGUUGGAUAAGCUUUUCAAAUGGUUUAAUAUUUCUGGAUAAACUUUUAAAAUUAUUAUUUUAAUUUCUUUUCAAAAUAUUAAUAUAUAAAUGAUUUAUGUAUAUAAAAACAAUAAGUUGAAAUAUUACAAAAUAAGUUCUCAUAAUAUAUAUUUUACCCUCACAUAUUGUGUGUGUGUGUGUGUGUGUGUGUGUGUGUUUGUAGAGGGGGAGUUUACCCAAAAAUAUUGAAAAGCUUAUCUAACAAUAAUACAGAUUUGUAUUCCUAACACCAGUGUUCUUCCCCUACUCCAGUCUGCUGCUGGCAGCUCUGCCCCUGAUCUGCCUGCUUGGCUAAUAUUGUCAGAAGUGUGGAUCAAAAGCCAAUCACAAUGCUUUUUCCAUAGAAAAGUAUUGAAUUGGCUUAGACUGUCAGUGAGGCAGAUCAGGGUCAGAGCCAGCACAAAGUCAAACACCGCCCUGGCCAAUCAGCAUCUCCUUUUAGAAAUGCAUUGAAUCAAUGCAUCUCUAUGAGGAAAGUUUAGCGUCUCCAUUCAGAGGGUGGAGACACUGAAUGGCAAUGUUACAUGCUGUGCAGCACUGCUCCAGGAAGCCAUGCUAGUAGCCAUCUGAGAAGUGUCCACUGGAGGUAAUCCUAGGCUGUAAUGUAAAAAAUGAAUUUUCUCUGAAAACAGUGUUUACUGCAAAACGUCUGAAGGGAUAUUUUUUUCAUCACCAGAACCAAUACAAUAAGCUGUAGUUGUUCUGGUGACUAUAGUGUCCCUUUAAGAAUACCAUUGUGAAUGAAGACUGAGUACAUGGGUUUGGCUUUUUUGCGUUUUUUUGUUUGUUUUUGUAAAUCCGUCUCAAGAGGACUGGUUACAGAAAAGAAAAACAGGAGGUGGGAGGGAAAAUCAUGAUAGUUGCACAAUCUGUUUAAACCCACAUCAACGUGAAAUUAUCUGUUACAGGGGCGGGGGGCGGCAAUCAUUGUUUUCAAGACUAACCAGUGAUACCUAUCUGUCUGCUCAGAAUGGUGUACCAGGUUAUCAAAUGUAUAUCUAGGUAUUUACUACGUGCCCGCCAUUUCCCAUGUCAGAUCUGUGUAAGGAGCACUGACAUGUGUUUACUUGAUACUAGAUCAGCAAAAAUUCUAAAGUCCUCCAAUAUGGAGGUUAUUCUCCAAUAUGACCAAACAUUAAUGCAUGUCUGCCCCCACCCAGAUGCAGCAAAGUUCAGCUCUUCCCUGGACUCUUGUCCUUUUGGGUGUUCUUAACUAGUAUGGUUAGUUCUUCCUCAGUAAGAGUGUCUUCUAAGAGUUGAGCAUCUGUACUGGAAAGUCUUUGUUUGGUAUAUAACUGGACACUGGAAGUAAUCGUCAAUCUUCUGUCUCAAGGUCAUUCCCACCAUAGUCUGUAGAAGUGCAUGAAGUCCAGAAUAUUAGGAGUGUAUCAUCCCUGCUAUCUUGUCAGGCAUGUGACUCCUCUCUGCCUCUGGCAACUUGCCUGAGUAUGUGGAUGCUCUGCAUUUAGCUUUCAUAUUUGCCAGGAGAGCACCACAUUUAUCAGCAUUUGUGUAGAAAAAGGCUUUAAAUCUAAUGAGGGUUUUUUAAUGUGCUAAAUUAAGUAGUCCAGAGAGUUCUCUUCAUAGUGUCGUGAGACUCUGGAGAUGGGUGUUUUUAAAGCGUCUGUGGGCGAGUUUGAGCCUUGAUAUUUGCUUUGUCAAUGUUUGAAUGCGUGCUCCAUGUGCUUUCUUAAGUGCAAAACUUUUGCAUAUAAAGAACCUUCUUGUCACACAUUUAUGUGCCUCGCGGACAGCUGAGGUAUCCCCAUUGUCAAUUUUGUCUGUGUCUCUUGAGUCAGAAGAGUGUCAGAGAGCAGAGAAUGAUUGAUUGUCUCCAAUGCGUGCGGUUAGGUCUAAAGUAAAAUGAUAAUACAGUCAAUUGUACAAUUGUAGGGGCGCAUGGCAUGGUCAGACCAAGUUGCAACACAUAUGCAAUCUAAUUGAGAUUAAAACCCCUUCAGCAGUUUACCUUAAUCCAGCGCUGGGCUCCCUCGGGGCUGGUGACCUCUCCUCUCCUCCCCUUGUCGAAGUCAGCUCUUGAGUGGAGCAGAAUGCACAUGCGCGGCAAGAGCGCGCUCAUUCUAAUUGUCCAUAGGAAAGCAUUUCUCAAUGCUUUCCUAUGAACGUUCUGCAUGCUGGAUGCGAAUUUCGCAUUCCAGCGUCGCAGAAGCGCCUCUAGCGGCUGUCAGGAAGACACUAGAGGUUGGAUUAACCCUGCUAUGUAAACAUAGCAGUUUCUCUGAAACUGCUAUGUUUACAUGUAAAGGGUUAAAACCUGAGGGACCUGGCACCCAGACCACUUCAUUGAGAUAAAGUGGUCUGGGUGAUUAUAGUGUCCCUUUAAAGGGACACUGUAGUCACCAGAACAACUACAGCUUAUUGAAUUUGUUCUGGUGAGUAGUAUCAUUACCUUCAGGCUUUUUGCUGUAAACAAUGUCUUUUCAGAGAAAAUACAGUGUUUACAUUACAUUCUUAUGAUAACUUCACUGGCCACUCCUCAGAUGGCUGUUAGAGAUCCUUUCUGGGUCAUAGCUGCUUAAAAUGCAUCCAAACAUUCAGUAUCCCCUCCCUCUGCAUGCAGACACUGAACUUUCCUCGUAGAUUCAUUGAUCCAAUUCAUCUCUAUGAGGAGAUGCUGAUUGGCCAGGGCUGUGUUUGAAUUGUGCUGACUCUGCCCCUGAUCUGCCUCCUUGUCAGUCUCAGCCAAUCCUAUGGGGAUCAGGCCACCACUUCUGAUUGGAUCAGGCCACCACUUCUGAUGAGGUCAGAGGAAGUUCACAGGCAGCAGCUUCAGACUUGAAUACAAGUAAGAUUUUAUUAUCUUUAGGGAGGCAAAGGGGGCAUGUUUGUGUUCCUGACCCUAUAGUGCUCCUUUAAGUGUAAGAAAUACUCAGCAAAAAUGCAACAUAUAUGUAAAAAUGCCAUUGCAAAUUGAAAUUUUAUUUUAGUCCUUGUAUUUUGUGACCUGUAAUUUUCAAAACAAGCUGAAAUCAUAUACAUAUGAUGUACUCUAUAAAUCAAGACACAUAAAUGAAUUUAUUUUGAAUUACUUUUUCUAAGCUGGACAUAUUAUAUAAUAAUUACACACGCUAUUCUUGCCAAAACUGUGAAAUUUUAUUUUUUGGCAUUUUUUUUAUAAUUAAUGAGACUGUAUCUAUGUAUAUGUGACAUGAAAUUAAAGCCCUGUUUGCCCUCUAAAAAACAUUGUAUAAUAUGUGUUGGUGCCAUAAAUGACAGAGAUGCAAAUUGCGUUUGAACACAAACCACAAAAGUGGCUUGUGUCCCUAAGUUUAAGAUAAGCUUCUGAAGCUGAGUCCUUACGGGGUUAAAGGGACUCUCCAGUGCCAGGAAAACAAUCCGUUUUCCUGGCACUGCAGGUCCCCUCUCCCUCCCACAUCCCAUCCUCGGUUGCUGAAGGGGUCAAAACCCCUUCAGUGACUUACCAGAGGCAGCGACGAUGUCCCUCGCCGCUGCUUCUUGGUCCGCCCAUGCUCCUCCCUGUCCCCAUGUCAUCUGGUGGGGGAGACAGAUUCAGCCGACAGGGGAGACCUAAUGCGCAUGUGCGGCAAUGCCGUGCAAGCGCAUUAGACCUCUCCAUAGGAAAGCGUUGAAAAUGCUUUCCUAUGGGGAUAUUGGCGACGCUGGAGGUCCUCACACAGUGUGAGGACGUCCAGUGACGCUAUAGCACAGAAAACCGGUGCUAUCAAUCAGGAAGUGCCCUCUAGAGGAAGAGUUAACCCCUGCAAGGUAAUUAUUGCAGUUUAUAAAAAAUAAAAACUGCAAUAAUUACACUUGCAGGGUUAAGGGUAGUGGGAGUUGGCACCCAGACCACUCCAAUGGGCAGAAGUGGUCUGGGUGCCUGGAGUGCCCCUUUAAAGAUAUUACAUUUAUUUCAUCUGUUUUUUUUUUCACUAAAGCAUUUGAUAGUCAAUAUAUUGAAAAGCUGCCCUAACUUAUAGAAAUUGGCCUUUUUAAAAAUAAUGUAUUACUAUACCCCAUGUCCAAGGUUUUUUUUUUUCAAAGGACACUAUAUUGUGAUCACUAUUUCCCAAGUGCUCACCUACUUGAAUGUUGGUCAAAAGAUCAACGUUGUUUGUUAGAACCAGGUCCAGACAAGCGUCCUUUCUAGUUGGUGCUUGUGACAUGAAGGUGUCAUUUAACAAGUUCAAAAACCUAAUGCCCUCUGUCCCAAUUUAUGUCUUGGUAAUUAAAAUCUUCAAAUAUUAACAUUAGCUGGUUUAUAAUAUAUCCCAACCAAUAACUGAUUUACCUUCUUUAGCCCCAAACAGAUAUUUACUCAUAAAGCUUCCAAAUUGUCCUCAUCUCAUACUGGAGAUUUAGCUUUAACUCAUGGUUAACAUACAAACAUGCACCACCACCUGUUUUUUCUAUGUUUCCUAAAUAGUGUGUACCAAUUUAAGUUAAUUGCCGAGUCAUGUGUAUCAUUCCACCAUGUUUGUUAUGCCUAGUAUGUCAUAUUGUUUAGUGUAUACCAUUGCCUCUAGUUCCCCGAUUUUUGUUAUUUAGGCUCCUUGCAUAAGUAAGCAUACAUUUAAUAUUAUCAUGAGUUACUUGUACUUUUUGUAAAUUUUUAUUAAUAUUACAUAUUUCCUUUGUUUUGAGUUUGCCCUUCCUCCCAUCUCUGCCCCCCUUGUACUGAGCUAAAGCUCAUCUCCUUUCUAAGAUCCCCACUCACCACUAGUUUAACAUUUCCUCCUUCCACUCCACUACCUUCCCCCACUAAACUCUGCUCGGUAAGCAGCAGACCCCCCUCAAGUUUGUUUAUCUAACUCAAUGUCGCAAUUUGCUUCUCCUGAUCUCCAAUCUGAGCUUCCAGAGAAGCCAGUUCUUUCCCCAAGUAUGAAUUAACCCCUUAACGAACGGGACGUAGGUAUGUCCGACAAAAAAAUGGUUGUUGAGGACCGCGGACGUACCUAGUAUGUCUGUGGCAAAUAUGAGCGGUAAACUUACCUGGACCGACGAUCCCGGUCGGGGGAACUACCCGAGGCACCAGCAGUCCCCCUGCAGCAGCUCCAGCCACCCCGGCCCUCCAGGGCCAUGUGAUCACAUGGCCGCAAUAGGAGUCUAUGGAGCUGCCUGCAGGGGGACUGUCUGCCAGUCCCCCUGACACCUAAAAGUAAAAAAAAACAAAUAUAUAUAUUGUACAUAUUAUAUAAUAUGUUAUAAAAUAAAGUAUUUUACAAUAUUAACAAUAUACAAUAAGUGUUCCUAUAAGUUUUCUUGUAAUUGUCCUAUUUAUAGUUAAAUACCCAUCUCACAUUAUUGUAAAGCACUACGGAAUCUGUUGGCGCUAUAAUAAUAAUGUCUGUUAUAGUGUUCGGUUAAACAUAGAGCGUUCGGUUGUUAUGCGGCUCUCUGCUCCUUUUGGGGCCGUUCGUAUAAUUACAGCCAAAUGCCCUACUGUAGUAAUAGGUAUUCUCUGGGUCCAUGUGGACAUUCGCAUAAUUGCAUGUAUAUGCUUAAUAGGCUGCUGGCCUCUGGAGGUCAUAGGGGAGUACUGCACUUUUAACAUUUCUGAUUAAAUACUUUGCUGUUUAAAUUUAAUUAAGCAGCGCAUUGUUGCUAAAUUUUGUUCUGCCUAUUAGAUAUGUUUAUGACAAGAUAUUUUAUAGGUUGUGGGGCUUGAACCUUCCUUUUGGCUGUGCCUCUGAGGGUUUUUCAAGUCUCAUAGGUUCUGGUUGGCUCAGCUUCAAUUGUCCAACUUGCUUUAGUUGGGUCCUUUUUUAUUUUUUGUAAAUUAGUAGUUAGUCAUACUCUCUUGGAGGUUCUGAUAUUGGUUGGUUGAUAUAUUACAGACUGAAGUCACUGCCAUUUAACUAUCAUCUCCUCUCUUUCGAUUUCUACAAUUUCACAUCGGUUAGUAGCUUUAGAUUUGUCUUGGGGAUCCACAAUCUGAUGCUCACUGCCCAGAUAACCUAAUUUGUUCCUUUUUAUGUUAUUAGGUACUAGGCCCUACUGGUUAUACUACCACUUAUGCUUUUCUGGUUAAAUGUAGGCCUAGUCUAUUGGCUGGUAGGUAUCCCAUAUUAUUUAGUUUUUCUGCUAUUUAACAGUCACGAUAUGGGUACUUCAAUAUUGAUAUUAAGUAUUGCUCGGGUUUCAUCUACUCUGUUCUACUCUAUAUCCAUCUGACACGACAGGUAUGUGAACCAAGUGGUCGUUACACCUUUCCCCCCCUUCCCAUCCUGCAACUGGUACUAGGGUAAGACUUUGUUUACUGGCUGAUUUAGUUUUUCUGGCCUUCUUACCUUGUCUUAGUGGACCUUCGAGGCCAACACCCAUCCUCAUACUCGGAGGUACUCACUCCCAACGGCAACUUUUAUAGUUAGUCGCCUCGCAUGGUGGUAUAGAGAGGGUCUCCCCCGUCACUUCCAUGUUAUCUUUUUGCUUUACUGGUCACAGAGAGGCCAACAUUUCGGUGGCCAGAAAAUAUCCUCUGGCCAACACAUUGCUAGAGCCUCUCAUGCCACUUGUCAAUUAGUAGGGCUCUCCUCUCCAUUAUUAGAUAAUUUCUUCGCCACUUGGCAUUAGGUAAGCUAGCCAGUAUGAUAUUUUUUUACUUUGGUUACUCAUUAAUGUUUGUCCUAUCCUAGCAUGUAUGAAUUACCAGAAGCUAUUAUAGGAUUUGUUAAUUCCCAGCACUCCUGCAAGGUCCAUAUCUCCAUCUCACGGAAAGGACAACGCCAGCCUGUCUUCCCUCGGGUCUUGGACCAUACCUAGGAUCACAGACAAAUUAAAGGACCACUCUAGGCACCCAGACCACUUCAGCUUAAUGAAGUGAUCUGGGUGCCAGGUGAUAGGCCAGUGGCACCAUGUGGAUUGGUUACUCCAGAGCCUACUGGUCUUUCAGGCACCCUGACUGGUAAAUUUAUUGGUCCACUACAGAACCCUAAUAUUCUCAAGCCAGCUCACAUGGUGCCAGCUAAUAUUAAGAAGGAUAUCUUUGAAGAAAAAGAUGUCAAUCUAGUUACGGUGCUGAUUGCCUCCAAAGAUAUUCUGGAGAAAAAGAUGUAUUCCAAUGGCGAUGUCUCUGUUGUACUGAAGGUUAGGGACCCCAAGUUAAAUAGGAAGUUGUCAAUUCCUGAGUUUGUCCUGGCCUUUGGUAUUUAUAGAGAUGUGGUGUGCUCGGUUUAUCCGCUCAGUUCACCACCUUUCUCAGUAUGGAGAACUAACCCUAUAGGAGUGGUCUCUGGUAAAGGUUCAGCCAAAAAAAGGUUGACUGUCGACCUCUCUGCUCCCCACUCUUCCGCGACACCCAGUCUGAACUCUCUUUCAUUCAGAUGAAUUCUCCAUUCAGUAUGCCACUAUUGAUAAUUCCAUUGACGCAAUUCUGACUACAGGGAAGGGGGCAUGGCGCAGUAAGACUGACAUCAUUGACGCCUUCAGGCUCCUCCCAAUCCAUCCUUCUUUGUGGCAUCUACACGGUGUUAAGUGGCAGGGUUCUUACUAUUUUUCACUCUUCUCACUUUUGGUCCAAAAAGUAGCCCCAGGAUUUUCGAUACAUUUGCUGAGACUUUAUGCUGGCUGCUGCUCAAUGUCUGUAGAUGCCCCACAAUUAUUAGAUUGACUUAUUGACUAUUGAGAGUAACUUAUUUCCACCCAGUAGCCUGAGAGCCACAAUCAAGCUUUUCCAAUACCUGGGGGUCCCCGUCAUCACAAAAAGACAGACGGACCUGACACCUUGAUUAAUUUAGUGGGUAUCACACUGGAUUCGGUUAAUAUGCAAGCCAGUUUGCCUAGAGAUAAGAUUGAGCGCGUUCUAUCCAACAUCGAUCUAUAUCUCUCUGCGGGAUCUUGUAAUCGUCCAGAAUUAGUCUCUACUAGGCUCCCUCAACUUUGCCAUGAAAAUUAUCCUGCAGGACUUUUAUAUCCCUGCUUUCAGUCGGAGAUUUCCCACAUUUCACUGGAUGUUUUGGCUACCUCGGAUUUACGCAUGUGGCAGGAAUUGCUUAUGAAUUACUUGCCUCUGACUCCCUUACUAUUUUUUUCAGAGGCAGCUACCACCUCAGGCUUUGUGGCUAUUUUCGGUGAUUAUUGGCUAUGGGGGGUUUGGCCUAUUGAAGUGUACAAGGUACCAGAUUCUUCUACCACUUCUGCCUUGUUCGAGCGCUAUCCUACUGUAGCUGCUGCAAAAGCGUGGGGAGUAACAUCUUCUAGAUCACCUAUUCAUAGUCAACUCUUCCAAUCAUCGAAACUCAUAGAUACAACCCCUUUCGAAUCACACACUAAUCAUGUCAUUCAAACCACUAUCUACUUAGCUUUCUAUGGGUAAGUCAGACCCGGAGAGUUUACCACUACAAACUUCACAUCCCAAGACACCAUUAAGAGAUUGUAAAAAUUCAAGAUCACUACAUACUAUCCCUCAACCACACUAAAACCACACCAAAAAAAUCAACUGGUAAAGAUCCCCUAUUACCCUACCGGUAACAAGUGGUGCACAGUACAGGUACUAGAUAAAUUCCUAACCAUUGUUCCCCUGGCCAACAUUUGUUUACCUUACAUGGCAAUGCUCUCACCACUAGUUAAUUCAUGCUCUAUAUUAGAGUAUUGCUGGCAAGAUUAGGUCUUAAUCCAUCCCACUACUCAGGACACUUCUUUCGCAUUGGAGAAGCCACCACUACUUCCAGCAGAAACGUACCGGUACAUAUUAUCAAGACAUUGGGACGGUGGAAUUCAUUGGCAUAUACCAGAUACAUACCCCAACCAAUACAGGAAAUACGUGAAGCUUUUUGUAACAUGAACAUGUGAUACAUGCUAGAUGAGUGUCAAAUUGUAGGCUGAAAUAAAUCUUGUAUGGUAUACUCUUUUUGCCUUCUUUUAUUACAGGCCUACAGCAUCGUCAAUUUCGGCACACCACAACCGACUGUUCUUAUUUUCUACUUUGUUAUAUGGUAUAAGUUAUAUACUGUCAUUACGGCUUUCUAUGCCCUGAACACAAAUGGAAGGCUGGGCCUGUAGUUGUAGGCAUGAUUUCCCUACUUAAGGAUCGCCAAACCCCUCCUCAUUAUUGUUGUUGGUCUGGCGAUUUAUCCCUCCCACCACUUCUUGUACUAACCAUAAUACUCCGGAUGGGCCCUCUUUUAUUACAGGACUACCGCAUCGUCGGUUUCAGCACACCACAACCCACUGUCCAUAUUUUCUAUUUUGUUAUAUGGUUUGUUAUAUACGGUCAUUACAGCUUUCUAUUCCUCCCCCCCAAAAAACAAACACACACACUAUAUGUGUGUGUGUGUUUGUUUGUAUACAUAUAUACACACACACACACACACACACACACACACACACACACACACACACACACACAUAUUAUUGAAAAUGUAUUCAUACUUACCAUAAUUUUCUUUUCCUUGCUAUUAUUCAUGGCAGCCGAUACUCAUAUGGGUUAGGUCCUCCCCUUAAAUCCGAUCUGACAGGAAAAAACACCAAAGACUGAAAAGGAGGCUCCAGUACUAAGGUCUUAUAUUGGAAUACCCAAGCAUCAAAGAACAAAAAAGGAAGGCACCAGAAUAUUUCAAGAUGCAACAUAUAUUUAUUAAGUAGUAAACAAACAAGUUUAACGAGAGGCAUGAACCGGUUGAAGGACGUUGCGUCCCAACUGUCCCUCAUUCGCAGAUCUAACCUCUAGAUUGUAAUGACUGAUGAAUGUAUUCAGAGAAGACCAAUUGCCAGCUUUGCAAAUCGAGUCUAAAGAAGCAUUUGCUACAGUAGCCCUUGAUGAUGCCACAGCAUGUGUGGAAUGUGCCCUAACACCUUUAAAUACCGUUGGGGAUUGGAAUUUGUAUGCCUUUGAAUGUUGGUCAAAAGAUCAACGUUGUUUGUUAGAACCAGGUCCAGACAAGCGUCCUUUCUAGUUGGUUAUUAUUUUUCUUUUUUAUAUUUUUAUUUUAGAUUUAUUUAUUAAAAGUUACUUUUUAAUCUACAAUCUUUUCAGUAAAUCAUACACAGGUAUAAUGGCAUUUGUUUGUUUUUUUUGUUUAUUCUCUAUGAUAUUCACCAUUUAGGGGUUACCCCCCUUUUUUUGUGCCCUCUACCUUGUGAUAUCUAAAUUUUGGCCCUAGGUUAAUUCUUUUUGUUUUCCUCGUAUAAUAAUUUUAGGGUCCUAGGACCCAGGUUUCAAUACCAUAACCAAAGAGCCACCUUACAAGUAAAUUAGAACGAACAUCCUAUGGGAUGGCAUCCUAUUUAACACAGAUUCCAAACUUAGAUUUUGGUUCAAAUGAGAUAAUAGAUGUUUUCUCAUUGAACCCACUCCCUAACCCUAAUCCAACCGAUAUAAAUGAGAUAUAUAAAGAUCAAAUUAAAGGCUUUUGGGAGUUGGCAAGUCUGAAGCAGUAUGUUGAAAAAAAGCUGGUACCCCGUGGGUUAAGACUAAAUAUCUCCACACCAGACAAAGUAAACACAGAAGAGAAACUGACAGGUUGGAACAACAUUCUUCUUGACUGUUCCUUUAAAUUAAUGCAAUACUUAAUCAAGCUAGAACAAAAUCAUUUUGAGACUAUUAACAAAAACCUUAAUGAUCAAAUCACGUUAACUAAAGAAUUUCAAUCUAAACCUGACUACAAACCCAUGGAGGCACAACUCCAAAAAAAUCUGGAAAGCUUCACUAAACUUAUUAGGGAGAAAAAUUUUUUAAAAUUCCAGAGGGACCACAAAGACUUCAGUGAGGGUAAAAUUUUUAAAGUUAUACCCAAAUCAAGAAAAAGAACUAACAGUAGAAACUCUUCUACUUCUGAUUACACUGAUUGGUCAGACUCAGAGUCUGCAAACAGUAAUAGUAACAGCUCCAACUCCUACAGAUCAAGGAAUUAUAAUCAAAUACCUAAAGGUAUUUUACGAAAUCAGGAUAAAUCAGUAUCAUUUCUGAAUAAAUCCCCCUUGACUGAUACAGAAUUGGAAUCUAGACCAGGCUCCUCUUCCUCCUCUCCCUCUCCUUUUUUGGUCCAAACUUGGCAAAACUCUCAAAAGCCAAAAUUAAGAGACAGGAAAAAAUGGUGUUACAGAGGAAACCGGAAUCGUUAAAAGCAGCAGCUUUAAUGGUUCCCACAGAAAACAAAGUCAUAAAUCUAUCCAAAUUUCAACUAAAUACUACACAUCUGUCCCUUCUAAACAAAGGGCUCUCCUUUGUACCCACACCUAAUACUGAUAAAUUUAACUGGUUAAAAGAUACUAACCUAUUUGGUAGAAAGUUGACAUUGAGUGCUCUACAUAAGAGAAAAGAAACUCUACUCGCCAGGGACAUGGGUGUAGCACCAGAAGACUACCCACAUUUGAGAACACUAGUCACGUUACUGGAUGAUCAAGACAAAGACCUACCUCUCACAAAUUUAAAACCACAAAGUUGGUACACUCCAAACUUCAAAGAGGUGACAAACAUUGACCUUUUUAUUCAAAUGACAUGUAAUGAAAUUGAACAACUCCCUCUUGACAAACCUAUACAAAUUAAUAAUCUAUCACAUGAAGAGACACGUGCUUUAAAAGAACUGAGAUCAAACUCCAACCUCGUAAUUAAACAAUCUGACAAAGGAGGUAAUAUUGUACUAAUGGAAAAAGAAAAAUACAUUGAAAUGUGUAUGGUCCACCUUUUUGACAUCUCAUGCUAUGAGAAGCUUCCAAAUGAUCCUACUGCUUCAUACUUGAAAACUCUCAAGUUAAUAUUUACUGAAGCAAGAGAUAGUGAGAUAAUCUCUCAAGAUGAGUUCAAAUUUAUUUGUCCAAAUAACACACCUAUGGUAGCGACUUUUUAUUGCUUACCCAAAAUUCACAAAAACAAAAAUAAACCACCAGGAAGACCAAUAAUUUCGGGUAAUAACUCACUCUCAGAACAAGCGAGCAAAUUCAUGGAGAAAAUACUCCACCCAUUUGUAAGUGAUCUUCCAUCUUAUAUUCAGGACACCAAACAGACAUUACUCACUCUUGAGAAUCUCACUGUCCCCCCAUACACUCUUCUAGCAAGCAUGGAUGUAGUCUCUUUAUACAAUAACAUCCCUCACAAAGUAGGCCUUGAAGCCACCCAAUAUUUUUUAGAAAAAUCAUCCAAAAUUACAGCGUCCCAAAAGGAUUUCCUUAUGGAACUAUUGAACUUUAUACUAACUCACAAUUAUUUUGUGUUCAACGGCACCUACUACCUGCAAACUAGGGGCACGGCCAUGGGAAGUGCUUGUGCCCCUAGUUACGCUAAUCUGUAUUUAGGGUGGUGGGAAGCCACAAUUUUGAAAAAUACGUUACAGACAGGAUUUGAUAAAUUCAUCAUUAGUUGGCAUCGUUACAUUGAUGAUGUCCUGGUAUUUUGGACUGGCUCAGUAAUACAGUUCGAGGAACUUGUCUCGAUACUGAACAUCAACACUAUUGGCCUACAAUUAACUCAUGUCAUCAGUGAGGACAGACUAGAAUUUCUGGAUUUGGUUAUUAAUCUAUCUCAAGGGGGUGAAGUAGAUACCGAACUUUACAGAAAACCUACUUCGUGUAACAAUUUCUUACAUUGGAACAGCCAUCACCCUUACAAACUCAAGGCAGGUAUUCCCUACGGGCAAUACCUGAGGGCAAAAAGAAACUGCUCAAAAGAAGAAACCUUUAUAAAAGAAGCUAAGAACCUAAGGCUUCGCUUCAAACAGCAAGGCUAUCCAAAUAAAAUCCUUAAAAAGGCAUUCCAAUGAGUCUCCAGUAUGGACAGAUCGACUAGUCUCAGAAAUUACAAAGUGAAGGAUACUAAACCUACAAUUAGAUGCAUAGGCACUUAUGAUCAACUAUGGAAUCCCAUUCGAAAAAUCUAUGCAGACAAUUGGCCGAUACUCACCCACAAUAAAGAGGUGGCCAGUAAUCUUUCUAUAUUCCCAAGUAUUACAGCAAGACGAGCUAAUAAUCUGUGUGACCUGCUAGUUCAUAGUCAUCUUGAACCAAAACCAUCACCUAAGACAUGGCUACAAGAAACAAAGGGAAUCUUUAGAUGUGGGAAAUGUAAGGCAUGUAGGUUUAUUAAACCUUCAAAAUCAGUCUUAUGCACCAAUACGCAGAAAACAUAUCCGAUUAAUGAUUUUGUUAAUUGCAGCACCACAAAAGUAGUUUACAUAAUUACUUGUAGCUGUAAACUACAAUAUAUAGGAAAAACCUUCCAAGAUUUGAGAAGGAGAAUCCUACAACAUGUGAAUUCAGUCUCAAACCUAAACAUUUCCACUCCUGUCUCCAAUCACAUAAGGAACUUCCAUAACUCGGAUGCAUCUCAUCUUACGUUUCAGGUUUUAGAACGUAUCCACCUGAACACUAGAAAGGGUAAUUUUAAUCUCACCCUAUUAAGGAAAGAAUCCAGAUGGAUACAUGAAUGUAAGACCUUAUUCCCCUUAGGACUAAAUUAAGAAUUUAAUUUUACCCCCUUCAUUCACAAAUAAAUGCAUAAUUAUUUAUUAUCAAUAUUAAUUUAGGUCUAUUACAAACAUUCUCUUUCCUAAAAUCUUAAAAUCCUAAAAACUUUCAUUAAUGUUACAUUUUAGCCAACAAGUUUAGGAAUCCACUAAUAUAUUCUGCACUAAUCAGUAAAUAGUUUAGCAGAUAAACGUUGCUAUGUUCGUUCAACUAACUAUGUCACUAUUGUUAAUAACAAAUAAGUUAAAAUAAUGACAUAAUUGUCAUUUUGAGAAUUACUGUUACUUACACUUUUCCACCUUUUUUUUCCUUUUCUUUUUUUAUAAUCAAUCUUUUUAACAUUCAGUAAAAAAUAAAAAAAAACCAUAAGAUUCUGGUCAACAUAGGGUUAAUUAGUCAAUUAUUUCUUAAUGGUUGAGAUUCCCUCCCCAAGCUACCAUUGGUCAGAAUCCUGAAAAUCCUCCAAUCAAUUGAGAGCUUAUGAUUUAAAUACUCCUAUGUUUGCCAGCAUCUGGUUCCCCUCUGAUGAGCUUCACUGGCGAAACGUGCACGUCAGGGGCUCUGGACACUUACUGACACAUUAUUGGUGUUGGCACCUAACUCUCUACUUAUCUAUUGCUAAAUUACCGACAUCAAGUUCAUUCAUGUACAGCAUCUCAGGAGUGCAUGUUGGAGACUCUUAACACUAAUUUUGUGUACUCUGUACAUACUUUAUUUCUCUUUCUUUUUCCUUUAUUAUGUUUAUUGGGGGAGAUUGAUAAGACCAGGCAUUUUAUUAAGGGGUGCCCUCGAAGGCACAAGACUCAGGAAUCUUUAUUCUAUAUGCCUUCCUCUGUCACUGUCUGUAUAUUUUCUACUACCUAGGCAACCUAUUCAAAACUGUUUGUAAACCCUCUCUUUAUACUUUGACCUAUUAUUUAGAUGCAGCUAGCAUUUAGGCAACUUGUGUGAUUUUUAACCGGUUAACUGCUGCCUGUCAGCAGUCCUUCACAGGUGAGCUACUACUUUGUGCUCCACUGUGGUCAAGCAUAAGUUAACAUCAUUCAGUGCAGGCAGCUGUUGUUACAUUAGAAUAUACUGCUAGGUAUCUUGCAGAAAAAACGGAGCCAGGUAAGCAACCCCUUAUUUUAUACUUUACUGCUUGACAGCAAUCUUUAAUUUAUUAUCAAAAUGCUGCUAUGAUCUAGGGAGCUUUUGUGAUAUUUAACUGGCUAAUCGCCGUCUGUCAGAAAUCUGUCUUAGCUGAACCAUUAUCUUUGAUCUUUCUGAGGUUAAGCACCAUAGAACUUUAUCAAUUAUUGUAUGUGGAGUUAACCCAUGGCGUUAGUUGUACUAUCAUGUAGGGAUUUACUUAUCCAUAUCUUUUAACUAUUGACAGCACUGGUCUUAUCUCCCCCCCUCUUGUUACAGCUAUUAGUGAUAUAUAAUAUAGUAUCACUUCUAUUACUUGGGAAUACACUGUUAUAUUGUAGCUAAACAGUAUUGCUUCAGCAUUAGUGUUAUUAUAUAUACACUUUUACAGCUUGUAUAAGUAGUCACAGUUUUACUCGCUGUAUAGUCUCCAUUUACUCCUGCUGUUCAUAUUAUUUUUCUUUUUUAUAUUUUUAUUUUAGAUUUAUUUAUUAAAAGUUACUUUUUAAUCUACAAUCUUCUCAGUAAAUCAUACACAGGUAGAAUGGCAUUUGUUUCUUUUUUUUUGUUUAUUCUCUAUGAUAUUCACCAUUUAGGGGUUACCCCCCUUUUUUAGUGCCCUCUACCUUGUGAUAUCUAAAUUUUGGCCCUAGGUUAAUUCUUUUUGUUUUCCUCGUAUAAUGCCUUUGAAACCGCUUUUACCCACUGUCUCAAUGUGGAGGUAGAAGCAGCUUCACACCUUCUGUGACCAACUAGUAAUAUGAAGAGUAUGGGGGAUUUUCUGAAGGAACUUGUUCUCUCAAUAUAAAUAGAGCUCUCACCACGUUGAGCGUAUGCCACUGCUCCUCCUCAAUGAUGUAGGAAAUGGAUAAAAUGAAGGCAGAAUGAUCUCUUGGUUGAGGUGGAACUUGGAAACCACCUUAGGCAAAAAUUCUUGUACUGGUCAGAGAGCCACCUUGUCUUGCUUAAAGCUAGUAAAAGGUGGAUCACAGAACAAUGCUUGGAGCCCACACAUCCUCCUAGCUGAGAAGACUGCUACCAACAAUAGCACCUUCUGCGUAAGCAGUGUCAAGAAGCUUGAACCAGAGGCUUAAAUAGAGGCUUGGUUAAGGCUUGCAACACCAGUGGGAGAUCCCAUGUUGGCAUACAAGCUUUUAGAGGAGGUCGCAUUUUAAUAACGGCCCAUAUAAAUCUGAUACCCAAAGGGUCUAAAGACCAACGAAUACCUGUUAAUGCAGACAAAGCAGAAACUUGAACCUUUUAGGGUAUUUUAGCUUAGGCCUUUAUCCAGUCCUGAUUUGAGAAAGCAAAGUAUCAGAGCUAUCGGAGUUCGAGACAUAUCCAACUCAUGCUCCAAGGACCAAGUAACAAACACCUGCCUUAUUUUAUAGUAUGAUGAAGAGGUGGAAACUUUUCGAGAUUGCAGUAAGGUUUUGGUAGCAGAACUUGUAAUGCCCUUACCUGUAAGUGACUCCCACUCAAUCUCCAUGCCAUCAAACCCAGAACCUGAGGGUCUAUGUGAAACAGAAGACCUUGAAUCAGAAGACCUGAUCGGACUAGGAGAUUCCUUGGCUGUUCCAGACUCAUCCGAAUCGCCAUAGGAAACCAAGGUCUUCUUGGCCAAAAGGGGAGAAUUGCUAUGGCCUCCACUCUCUCGCUCUCUCUCCCCGAAUCUUCUUCAGGACUGCAUAAAUUAGAGAUAUGGGAGGAAAAAUGUAUGUCCGGUUGAACCUCCAUUCCUGGGUUAAGGCAUCCUGACCCCGCACUCGUGGGUCGAAGUGUCUGGAGAAGUAAUCCUGUGCCUGGUUGUUCUUGGAUGUUGUCAUCCGGUCAAUCUGAGGUACUCCCCUUCUGGACAUAAAUGCCAUUCGAACCUGUCCAGGGUUAGAAAAUCCGCCACUGUAUUCUGACUCCCUUGAAGAUGUUGCUGUGCCCAUAUCAAGAUAGGGUAAAUUUAUUUUAUCAACAUGCGACUGUGGGUUCCACCUUGAUGGUUUAUGUAUGCCACUGCCGCCUUGUCUGAUCGAAUACGGAUCCACUUGUGAUAUAAACUUCUCCUGAAAAUAGCUCUAACCUCUAGGACAGUGGUGGCGAACCUAUGGCACGUGUGCCACAGGUGGCACGCCGCGCCCCCUCUGUGGGCACGCGGCCAUAGGUCGCCGUGCGCUCCGCCGGCGCAUCCAUAAGGCGGCACAAGUGGCCGCCUUAGGGCGCACAGGCCCGGCGGGCGCAAAGCCGGAGUGACCGGCAGGAGGAUAGCGCAGAGCGCUCCCUCCUGCCAGGCGCUCUGUGUAGCGUGGCCGAGCGCGCCCCGGUUUCCUGUACCCGGGCGGACGGAAAUGAAGUGCUCACAGAGAGAGCACUUCCUGUUCCGCCGGGUACAGGAGACUGAGCUCCAGGCCGCCACGCCAAGCGGUGCAGGAGCUGGGAAGGAGACUGAGGGAGAGAUGGGGGGAGGAGACUGAGGGAGAGAUGGGGGGGAAGAAGACUGAGGGAGACAUGAGGGGGGGGAAGGAGACUGAGGGAGAGAUGAGGGGAGGAGAAGGAGACUGAGGGAGCAUGGGGGGAGGGAGAGAUGAGGGGGGAGAAGAAGACUGAGGGAGAGAUGAGGGGGGAGAAGGAGACUGAGGGAGAUGAGGGGGGGAGAAGGAGACUGAGGAGAGAUGAGGGGGGGAGAAGGAGACUGAGGGAGAGAAAGAGACUGAGGGAGAGAUGAGGGGAGGGAGAAGGAGACUGAGGGAGAGAUGAGGGGGGAGGGAGAAGGAGACUGAGGGAGAGAUGAGGGGAGGGAGAAGGAGACUAGAGGGAGAGAUGAGGGGGAGAAGAAGACUGAGGAGAGAUGGGGGAGAAGGAGACUGAGGGAGGAUGAGGGGGGAGAAGGAGACUGAGGGAGAGAUGGGGAGGGAGAAGGAGACUGAGGGAGAGAUGGGGGGGAGGGAGAAGGAGACUGAGGGAGAGAUGGGGGGAGGGAGAAGGAGACUGAGGGAGAGAUGGGGGGAGGGAGAAGGAGACUGAGGGAGAGAUGGGGGAGGGGAAGGAGACUGAGGGAGAGAUGGGGGAGGGGAGGGAGAAAACUGAGUGUGGGAUGGGAGAAAAAAAUGAGGGAGGGAUGGGGGGAAAGAAAACAGAGGGGGUAGAGGGGGGACGACAUACACACAGCACCCCUGCCCUACACAUAUCACCCCACAAAAAGACACACACACACACACACACAUCACCCCACACACACACACACAUCACCCCACACACACACACACAUCACCCCACACACACACACACAUCACUCCACACACACACACAUCACUCCACACACACACACAUCACUCCACACACAAACACAUACACUGUACCCCUCAAUGCAGUGUGUGUACACUCAGCAGUCUGUCUGUGUGUGUACACUCAGCAGUCUGUCUGUGUGUACACUCAGCAGUCUGUCUGUGUGUGUACACUCAGCAGUCUGUCUGUGUGUGUACACUCAGCAGUCUGUCUGUGUGUGUACACUCAGCAGUCUGUCUGUGUGUGUACACUCAGCAGUCUGUCUGUGUGUGUAUUUAGCAGUCUGUCUGUGUGUGUGUGUGUGUGUGGCAGUCUGUGUGUGUGUGUAUUUAGCAGACUGUGUACUCAGCAGUCUGCUAAAUACAGACAGACUGCUAAGUACACACUGACAGACAGACUGCCGAGCACACACACAAACUGCUUAAUACACACACAGAGAUGUUAAUUAGUUCGGACAACUGUAUGAGUUGUUUUUUCUAAACUUAAACCUCAGUAUUCAGGUUUAAAUGCCGUUUUGGCACUUUGAGGGAAAAAAAUUGGCAUGUAUUACGGUUUGGGCACUCGGGCUCAAAAAGGUUCGCCAUCACUGCUCUAGGAUGUUGCUUGGGAGUACAGAUUCCUCCUUUGACCUUGAGCUACCUGAUUCAGGCAAUGUGCUCCCCAUUCUUGUGCACUUGCAUCUGUAGUUAAGAUUAUCCAGUGUAAGUCUGUUAAGGGAAAACCCCGGUCACAUUCUUCUUCAUCAGCCACCAAGUGAAAUGAAGUCUUUAUCAACUGAUAACAAUUUCCCUUCCUUUUGUUGAAUUGGAACAGAAAAGCCUUUUGAGGUACCCGCAGAUGCCACUGUGCCCAUCUUACCAGGCCAAUAGUGGAGGCUAGAAUUUCUAGAAAUUGCAUAAACUUCCUUGCAGUGCGGAGAAACUGUGAAUGAAGAGAGAUUAUUUUGAUCCUGUAUUUCGAUAGGGAGACUGAAUUGUUGAUUGUAUUAAAUUUGCCUCCCAAGAAUGUCCUCUUCUGGGCAGGUAUAAGGUUGCUCUUCUCGUGGUUUAUCAACCACCCGAACCUUUAAAGCUCCCCCAGUACUACAUCUCUAUGGGUUAUUGCCGUCAUUGGAUUUGGGGCUACUAGGAGUAGAUCGUCCAGGUAGUGGAAUAAGUUGAAUCCCAGAGUUCUUAGCCUUGCAAUAAGUCACCAAGACCUUUGAAAAGGUCCUGUGAGCCGUGCUCAAUCCAAAUGGAAGUGCUUGGAAUUGGAAGUGUUGUCCCUUCCAUGCGAACCUCAGAAAUUGCUGAUGAUCUGGUGAAAUGGGGAUAUGAAAAUAUGCGUCUCUGAGAUCUAUUGAGACUAUGAAGUCUCUGUGGUGGUAUACCAUCCUGAAGAUGGGUUACUCCCGCCUAGGUCGCCCCUUCCAAUUGUGAUCAGCUCAGAGUGAUUAUAGCCGCUUGCAGAAGGGUAACCGCGAUACCACCCAAACACUAGUCGAGACUUAGUGAAAGGUGAAGAAGACCUGUUUUAUUCUGGCCAAAUGGCCCGUUUAUAUACAAUUUUAGUGUACAGUAGACACACUCCAAAACACACCCACAAUAUACUCUUAAAAUACAACAUCAUGACUCAGCAUAAAAAGAUGAAAACCUAAAAAAUAAACAUAAAACCUGCAUAAUUCAGGCCAGGUCUUAUGUCCCCCAAAAUGUCUUUGUAGCACCCAUUGUGUCCAAAAAGUGCCCGGAUCGGAGCUGGCUAGCCCGAAUUACAUGGAGGGUAUAAGUUCAGCAGUAGGCGGCUAGCUCCCUGAUCUGGCACAGGGUUCCAAUGUCCUGGGUGGGUCUCCUCGGUCAUUAGUUAACCGCGCCGCUCCCCCACGAGCUCAGUGUCUUUGGAUGCCUCUCAACCUCCCUUAUAGGCCAGCCAAAUAGCCUCCUGAUCCGUGGGCCAGGGCCGAAAAGCGCUUUAAUUAAAGUUCACCGGUGUACGUUCUAGCCGAAUAGGGGUUCCAGACUAGUUGAGGGUAGCUCCCGGUCAUACCCCUUUGUCCUGAUUUGUUAAAACCGGCAGUUGGCACACUUUUUUUGAGGGGUCCAUCACAGUCUCCCUUCAGGACCACUCGAGCAAUAGUCUUGAUAAAUACCAUCCUUAAGCUCCUGAUGUUCAAAUGUGAGUUGAUCAGUCUUAGAUCUAACACAGGCCUCCAUUUGUUCUCGCUUUUCUCGACCGGGAAGAGAGGACAAUAACAUCCUUUGCCUCUUUUGAUGAGGGGUACUGGCCUUAUUACCUUUUCCCUUUAGCAGACUUUCUAUGUAUUCCUUUUAAAGCUCUUUCUUUGGCUUGGCAGGAAUGCAAGUGGAAAUAAAGAAGCUUCUUUUUGGUCUCUGUCGAAACACUAGACUGCAGCCUGCUUGAAUUAUGUUUAAAACCCAGGCAUCUUGGAUGCUUUAAACCCAGACCUUCUUGAAAAACCUUAGUCUGGCUCCUACUUCCCUUUUGACAGUCAGAAGUUUUUACCUGAAGGCCAAAAGGGCUGUUUCCUGGGACGGUGUGAACGUGGGUAGGAGGACAGUCCGCCCCUCCGUGAGCUGCCCCUCGUAGAUUCUCUCCCAGGUCUGUAAUUUCUGGACACCUGGAAGUAUUGGUCCAUGGGAGGUCUCCUAUCCAACCAAGGGGUAUUAGGUUUCUUAUUUUGUUUAUCCUGAGGUAGGAAAACCUUGUGCCCCUCUGCCACCUUCUUGAAAGAAUCUUCCAGGGUCUUACCAAAGAGAAGUUCUCCUUCAAUGGGGUUGUUACAGAGGUUGGUCUUUGAAGAGAUGUCUGCUCCCCAAUACCGAAGCUAUAGUGCCCGUCUGGCCGCAAGUACGGGAGAAAAUUCUCAACAAACUCAGUUGCCAUUUAGGUCCCAGAUGGAGUCACGCAGGUUGGCUCUUUUCACUCCUCUUUCCACUUCUGAAUCUAGCUCACUGAUCCAGUUUUUCAUUGUUCUUGAAACUGCAGUGAGAGCCACAGCAAGAUGGUAUCCUGUUGCUUUGUAUAUCCUGCAUAGAUCCGCAUCUAGUUUGCGGUCCAUAGGUUCAAGGGUUUUUCUAGCUACCCUGGAUACUGGAACAUCUAACUUGGGAGAUGUAGUCCACAGCUUAGAAGUGCUCUUUUCCAGAGGGUAUUAUCUGGCCAAAUUACCCUGGAAGGCACUUUCUUCUCAGGCUUUUUCCACUCAGCUGUUACUAAGUCCUUAAUGGACUUGUGUAGAGGGAAGGAUAAUCUUUGCUUAUUCAGAUCAGCAAAGUGCUUGUCUGAACCUUCAGCUUUGGGAACAUUUUCUGGAAUCUAAUGGUUUUCUCACCACAAAAAGGAACUUUUGGGGGUCAAAGUUAGAAAAGGUGUGUUUUUUUUUAUUUUUUUUAAUAUUUUAUACUUUUUUUUAUAGUAAAUUAUAUGAUAUGAUGAAAAUAAUGGUGUCUUUAGAAAGACCAUUUAAUAGCGAGAAAAACGGUAUAUAAUAUGUGUGGAUACAGUAAAUGAGUAAGAGAACAAUUACAGCUAAACACAAACCCAGCAGAAAUGUAAAAACAGCCCUGGUCCUUAACGGUAAGAAAAUUGACCUGGUCACUAAGGGGUUAAAGAAAAGAGGUGAGAAAAAAAAAGAAUAAAACAAGACCGUAAAUCAAACAGUUAAAUAAGGUAUAUACACUUCACCUGUCCAGUGACCAGGAGAUGGGGGAGGGAGUAUAAGAAUAAGGACCCAUCCAGCUGGUCACCUGGCAGGCCACCCCAGCAACAAAUGCACUAGAACCUCAGGGGGCACGUUGUAGGAUGCCCAGGGAAGCAUCAAAUUUAAGCAGAAUAGUCUUCUAACUGGGUGUAAAAAGUCGAUAAAUAGAAGUAAUAAACUGUAGGUUAAACGAUACUAAGCACCACCCCUAAUUACACAUAAAUAAUUGUGUAUUAUAACUAUGGAUCAACCGAUUAUCGGUUUUACCGAUAUUAUCAACCGAUAUACAGUAUUUUCGGCAAUAUCGGUAUCGGCCAAAAUAGAUACCAAUAUUGCCGAUAAUACCUCAUAGGACCGCCGGGCCCAUUACCUUCCCAGUAGCUCCCUUCAGCUCCCUGUGUAAAUCUUGCGAGUACCGCGGCCACAGAACGUUGCCACUGGUUACCAUGCCAGCGCUCCGCGUGACACUAAGGACCGCGAGAUUUACACAGGGAGCUGAAGGGAGCUGCUGGGAAGGUAAGUAGCAGCUUCCUGCGGGGUCCACAGUACUUAACAAGCCACCUGACCACCAGGGAAUACUAUAUCCUCCCUCUCUGGUAAGGAGCAGGGAGGGGGGAAUAAAAAAAUAAUUUUUGUUUUAAAUAUUUAAAAUAAAAUGCCACCCCCUCCCGUCCCUUUUACACAAAUUACAUCUCUACAUAUACACACACUGCAUUAUAUACACACACACCACACACACUGCAUUAUAUACACACACACACACACACACUGCAUUAUAUACACACACCACACACACUGCAUUAUAUACACACACCACACACACUGCAUUAUAUAAACUAUACACUACACACACACACUGCAUUAUAUACACACACACCACACACACUGCAUUAUAUACACACACACCACACACACACUGCAUUAUAUAUACACACACACACUGCAUUAUAUAUACACACACACUGCAUUAUAUAUAUACACACACACUGCAUUAUAUACACUACACACACACACUCUGCAUUCACUAUGCACACUACACACACCCACUCUGCAUUCACUACACAAACACACACACUCUGCAUUCACUAUAUAUACACACUACACAAAUACUCACUGCCUUCACAAUACACACUACACACACACUCUGCAUUCAUUAUAUACACACACACACACUACACAAACACAUAGCUCCCCUGUCUAAACACACUUCAUCCACUACGUGUGGCAUGUAUAUUUUGUGCAUUUACCUUUUAGAAUUAGUUUAUUUUUUCAAAAUGGUAAAUGUACAGAAUAUCGGCAAGUUAUCAGCUAUCGGCCUGAAAGUUCACAGAUUAUCGGUAUCUGCUCUAAAAAUCAAUAUCGGUCGAUCCCUAAUUAUAACCAUAAGUAAUUCCCUUUUUGUAAUGGAUAUGCAAUAGAAGAGGAACUGGGUAGCUGUGAGCAGGUGUUUCAGCUGAGCUCUGGAUUUUGGCCAAAGAUGGACGCUCAACAUUUCAGUCCACUCAAUAUGGUGGGAAACAAGUCCGCCAAAAGUUCAUUCUUCCAGUAGUUGUCCUGAGUGCCUGACUUUUGACCUUGCUCCAAUGAGCUGGAUAAACAUGACCCUUCUGUGAAAACAGGAGAUGUAUUUGGGAGAAAGUCCCAGUAGAGGGGGAGAGAAUAGUCAUUGGUAUAGAAGCAACACCUGGUGGACUACGAUCGUGAAGCAAUGUAAAGUCUGCAUGUCUGGAGGGUCACUUCACUGAGCAGCAUUCAAGCAAAAAGUAAGCUGGGUUGUGGGGUAACAAAUCUUGUCCAAAAAUAAGUUAGCCAUCAAGAGCAAGUGAAUCAGAUUCCAUCACUCUCCAUCACCCUCUGCUGUUGUUGAAGUAGUAUGUCCAUAAAAGAUUAAGGUAGUUAUAAAAGGUGAAAUUCAAGCGGGUCCAGGCACCAUAAGCUGAUGGGAGGCAGUUGCAGGAUGUCACCCAGAGACUGAAAAUCCUUCAGUGUGCAAGGUGAAUUGGUCGUCAGGAGUGAAGACCAUGCGACCUGUGAGUUUUUGUUAGCUGUACCUGAUUUUUAUAUUGUUUUAACAUGACAUUGUGGACUGUCUGGGUUUCUCUCACAAAUCCAAUAGCAGUGUCUAGGUCCCUGUACAGAAGGCCAUUGAAGAUCUCUGUGAGCAUUACACCCAGCUAGCUUGGACAGUCCUCCUGUUUAGUCAAGCCACGUAACCUCAGAUUGCUUAAUCGUCCAUGAUUAUCUAGGCCUGGUAGGUGCUGGGCCAUAGCAUGAAGCUUGUCACUUUGACAAAUGAGGUUGUCAGUAACAGCAGACUAGGCAAACGGGAGGUUUGCAGGGCUGAGUUGGCCUACUGUAAAUCAGCCUUCGUGGGGAGAGUACUUAUUAGUGCCAUCCAAUCUGGUAAAAAAGAGACAAAGGUUAAAUUUAGGAAAUAGAUAUUGCAUGAAAAUAUAUAUAUUUUUUUUUAUCUCUAGCUGCCAGAAAAUCUUAUCAAUGGGGAAUAUGUUAAAGUUAGGCAAUCACCAAGGAAACUAGUAGGGACAUCGCACCAUGUUAACAAAGUUGCAACAUUUUUUAGAUCACACCACUUUGAUAAAUCUCAAUUUAUUUAAAUGGAGUUAAAUAAUUUAAUAAAUUUUAAUAGUUUAAUGAAGCCAGCUAAAAAAUACACAAAUGUACUAUAAAGUAAGUGAUGGUUUGCAUUUUUUUAUUUUUUAUAAAUUGUUUAUUUUUCGUGCAUGGGUUAAUGUAACAAGCAUUCAUGUCGUGCCACAACAGCAGUAACAUGUAUUGAAAUAGACAUAACAGUAUAACAGUUGUGGCAUAGUAAAUCGGUGCACAUUUUUGUAUAAGGGUUAUCAAGAGAAAAGAAGAUGAUAGUCAGUGGUGCGACAACAUAUCAAGUAAUAAACAUAUCAGGCUAUUCCGGCUGACUAUAUGAGUGUAGCUUGCGUUAGAGAGCGCUUAACAUGCACAUGUGUUAUAGAUAUGGUGGUAGUAUUGUACCUUAUAUCUAUGUUAAACAAUGCCACGGGUGCAGUGUCCUAUAGUUUAGUGUUGGGGGAUAAAGAACAUGCGACUGGGGGUACAUUACGUGUUGUGAUAAAAACACACUGGCGUCAACUAAGUAAACUGAACUUUAGUAAUUUUAUAAAGAGAGACAUCAGAUGGUAAGAAGCAGGAUAGCGUUCGUUUUGUGGAGGUUGCACGCCAUAUCCCGUGGUUGACCGUGGGUGGGGUGGGUGGCCCUUGAGUUCUUGAUGUUGGGACAUUUUAGCCGACACCUGCCCGAGGGUUCACAAAGUCCUGUAGCGAGAUUAUGUGCUGCAGGUUGAAGUGUUGUGGCCCUUGUUUGGGCCAAUGUACCCCGCCGGGGCAUAGGGGGAGUGAGUCUAGUGAUUGCAUACCUCGCUCCCUCGGGUCCGCAGGAUCAAGUCUGCUUGAACAGUGGGUAGUGAAGGCAUUUCGCCCCUUGUUGUGCUGCCCGUUUCUUGUGCCAUGCGGUCGCAGAGGUCUCUGCUGAUUUCCAGAUUCUCUUAGUGGUAGACUUGGGUGUGCCCUCGGAGUAGCUGCAGGGGGUCGGCGCUUCGGCCGCAUUGAUGAUCUUUGCUUUGCCGCUUGGGGUUCCCCCCUGUUGUUCCUUCCCGGUGACACCCUUUGUGGGGGGUUCUUGCAGUGAACCAGGGCGCUGAUGGCGAAGUGUUCGUUUGCGACUUGUGUGGUGCUUCAGGGUGAGUCCUCUGUCUCUUGUGAGUCCGGACUGGCCAUCUGCCCGAGUAGCAGGGGCCCGUGGGUGAGGUGUGCUCUUGAUUUGUCGCUGUCCUGUUCCCCGCUCCUUUACCUCCCGCGUUGCAGGGGAUGAUGGUUGUGCCAGAUGCUGGUACAGUUUGGCCCUGAAGUUGGCAAAUAUCAUGUCCAGGCGUUUGUGCGCUUCUUCCACAUAGUUGCAUCCUUGAUGAGGAGGCGCUGGCCCAGUUGACCAAGAUGCGGCCGCCAAGAUGCGGGGGGGUUCCACAAGGUUUUGUCCAGCUGGGUAUGUUGGUCUGGGAGCGGCCGUCUCCCUUGCACCUUCCAUUCUGGUAGGCUGCGGCUUCUGAGUUUGUGGGUCCGGUGAGUUGCACCACAUAUUUGGUAUCUCCUUAUAGCUCCCCCGGGUUCUCUGUCAUUUGGGUUACAGAUUAAGUCCGGUUCUGGCCUCUGUCAGUGUGGAUUGCAACAGAUUGGGCUUAUUAGUGCUGGAGCCUCAGACAAACAUGUCUGCUCGGCUCUGCUGUCAGGUCCCGCCCCCCUUGGUUUGCAAUUAAAGGGACACUGGGCACCAAAACAACUUGAGCUUAAAGGACCACUCUAGGCACCCAGACCACUUCAGCUUAAUGAAGUGGUCUGGGUGCCAGGUCCUUCUAGGGUUAACCCAUUCUUUUAUAAACAUAGCAGUUUCAGAGAAACUGCUAUGUUUAUGAAUGGGUUAAGCCUUCCCCAAUUCCCUCUAGUGGCUGUCUCAUUGACAGCCACUAGAGGCGCUUGCGUGCUUCUCACUGUGAUUUUCACAGUGAGAGCACGCCAGCGUCCAUAGGAAAGCAUUGUAAAUGCUUUCCUAUGCGACGGCUGAAUGCGCGCGCAGCUCUUGCCGCGCGUGCGCAUUCAGCCGACGGGGAGGAUCGGAGGAGGAGAGCUCGCCGCCCAGCGCUGGAAAAAGGUAAGUUUUUACUCUUUUCCCCCUUCCAGAGCCGGGCGGGAGGGGGGUCCCUGAGGGUGGGGGCACCCUCAGGGCACUACAGUGCCAGGAAAAAGAGUAUGUUUUCCUGGCACUAUAGUGGUCCUUUAAUGAAGCUGUUUUAGUGUAUAUAUCAUGCAACUGCAGUCUCACUUUUCAGUUCUCACAUUUAGAAGUGAAAAAAACUUUCCUAAACACUUCCUGUAAAGAGAUUUCUAAUGUUUAAACUUCCUUUAUUGCACAUUCUGUUUGAUUCAGUUUUAUUAUCGCCUGCUCUGUUAAUAGUUUUUAAACCCUAGAGGAGCCUUCUGCAUGUGAUUUAAAGUUUAAUUUACAGGGCAGGAGAUGCAACAUCUGAUAUGAAAAUAUAUAUUUUUUUAAUUUUAAUGCAGUCUGUGUCAGCCACAUCCAGGGAAGGCAUGGCUACGACUGUAUAAGCAGAAGCAAAAGUGGUGUAACUACUAAAUGGCAAAGAAUAGAGUGGUUAGACUGCAAGGACAUUAUAUACCCAAGCUACUUCAUUCAGCUAACGUUGCUUUGAUACCUAGAGUAUCCUUUAAGACAAAAUAGUCAAAUUGGAAACCUCUCCUGAACAGUUUGUUUUUUUGAUAGGGGGUGUCAAUUUUAUUUUUGCAAACCACUCCUUUUGAGUUAAUAAUUUUAGUUGCUCGAAUAUGUAGGUAAAUUCACAGAACGGUUUCCCCUUCUUACAUUUCGAGAUUGCCCAUUAAUUCUAGCUAUAUUUUGGUAUCAAACCAACAUCCUCUGCAUUAAAGUGUGAAAUCAAAUGCAGUAUAAGAACAAUAAAGGUCAUAGGGGAGCAGCAGGGGCAUAUUCCCUAGGUGCAUGAAGACUUUGCACCGUCUGCUUUUCCAUUCCCUGGUGAUGUGGUUUGAUGGAGUCUUCUUCCAUGCUGUAACCUCAUAUUCAUGGUCUUCAUUCUCUUAGAGUUAUGUAAAUGCUCAUCUGUACUAGUCCCUAAACAUGCUCCUCCAAGAACUGCAUCCCUCACGAGCCUGGUAUUGGGAUUAUAAAUAGCAUUUGUACAUGGGGAUGGAAUAAAGUGAUCCAUGACCUUCCCUUUAAUUUUACCAUUGGUUUAAUGUAUUCAUUUUCUUCUGCAGUCUCUCAGCAUAUAUUUCUCAUGACUGCUUUCUUUAAAAUGUUUGUUGUUAAAUAUUUGCACUUCUUGAAUUCUGCGGCUUCUCACAAAAGCCAUUUAUGUGAACACACUGAUGCCACACAUGAUAACACUUUGUGUGAUUUACAGUUUCAUCUACAACUUAAACUAGCUAGUGCAUAGUUAGCAUUAUAUUUUUUAAAUUCUUUUUAUUGCACACAGACACAAUCAAUAAUCGUAUAUUAUUAAAGUCAGGGCAAUAAGUACAAUAAAUGAAAAUGCAUUUGCUGUUUUUUUUGGGAUGUUAACGAGUUUGUGUAUAUUAAAGGACCACUAUAGGCAACCAGACCACUUCAGCUCAAUGAAGUGGUCUGGGUGCCUGGUCCAUCUAGUGUUAAUGCUGCAGCUGAAAACAUAGCAGUUUCAGAGAAACUGCUAUGUUUACACUAGGGUUAAUUAAGCCUCUAGUAGCUGUCUCACUGACAGCCGCUAGAGGCGCUUCUGCGAUUCUCACUGUGAAAAUCACAGUAAGAAGACACUGGACGUCCAUAGGAAAGCACUGAGAAAUUCUUUCCUGUGGAAUGUUUGAAUGCGCGCACGGCUCUUGCCGCUCAUGCGGUGCUGACGUCGGCAGAGGGAGGAGAAUUCCCUGGCACUGGAGAAAGGUAAGUGUUUAACCCCUUCUGCCCAGCGAGAGUGGGACCCUGAUGGUGGGGGGGACCUAAAGACCCUAUAGUGGCAGGAAAACAAGUUUGUUUUCCUGGCACUAUAGUGGUCCUUUAAAGUGUAAAAUGUAAGAAUUGAAUAAGGGAAGUGGAGAGUGAAUAGGAAUGGUUGUGGAAGGAAUAAGGGGCUUUAGCAUACGGGUAUGCAUUAUGAAGCCGAUUAUUUUACUUAUAACAAAUAUAUCAAUUUAAUGCUCUAGAUCAGCGUUUUUCCAAACCAGUCCUCAAGAACAAUAAACAGUCCAGGUUUUGUAAGUAUCUCCAUUGGAAUAAAACAGGGAAAUACAUAAAUCCUGAAUUGUUGGUGGGCCAUGAGGACGGAUUUGGGAACCACUGCUCUAGAUCAUGUCAGGGGGGAAUACUAACCCCACUUCCUCCUCCACAAUCCUCUACUAAUCAAUUUUCUGCUGUUUGUUUCUUAGGUGCGUUGAAAGGAUGUGUGAAAACGAAGAUUUAUUAUUUAUUUAUUGAAUACGAUGUAUUAAUUACAUGAACUUGGCUAGGUG